AUGGCGCCGUCGUCCGGCGUCGCCGCGUUCCUAGCGUGGCCGUCCACCUUCCUCGGCCCUCGCCAUCGAUGGGUCAGCCUCGUCCUCGGCGUCGCGAUGCAGCUCUGCGCGGGCGCGCUCUACAGCGUCACCGCGUGGGGCGUCCCACUGCGCGAUCGAUGCGGAUGGAACGACGGCGAGCUCACGCUCGCGGAGACGGUCGGCACGCUGGGGAUCUACCUCGCGCUGCACAACGGCCUCGCGGUAGACAAACACGGCGCGCGCGUCGUCGUCGUCGCCGCGUCCGCGGCGCUGUUCGUGGGGUGGCACCUCCUCGCGUCCGUCGCGCGCGAGCGCGGGUCCGCGUGGAAAGCGACGCUCGCGCUGUACCUCAUCGGUCAAGGAUGCAUCUCCACGUUCAUGGGGUCGCUCGCGCCGAACGUGAGCAACUUCGACGAGCGCGAUCAAGGGAAAGCGCACGGGGUGCUUCUCGCGGGGUUCGGAGGGUCCGCCGCGCUCUUCGCGACGGCGUACCGAAACGCGUUCGGCGGCGGCGGGGGGGAGGAGGACGAGGACGACUUGCCGGGGUUCUUCGCCGCCGCGGGUUGGGCGACGGCGACCGUGACGCUGCUCGGCGCGUACGCGUGCAAGGACGGGACGAAACGCGACGGCGGCGACGGCGGGAAUGACGUGCGCGAGGUCGAGAUCGGCGCGACGGACGCGCGCGAAGACGAAGUCGCGGUCGACGACGACGACGACGCCGACGACGACGACGACGACGCGAUCGCCGCCGAAACCUCUGAUGGCCCGCUCCGCGCCUCCUCUCUCGCCCUCCUCGAGCGCUUCCGCGACGUCCUCUCGUCGCGACUCUUCUGGCUCGUCUACGCGCACCUCGUCGUGACCCUGGGCGUCGCGCUGCUGUGGGUGAACCAGGCUGGGAGCUUCGUCGACGCCGUCGUCGGCGGCGACGACGGGCUGGCGACGAUGACGGUGCUCUUCUCGCUCGGGAACGUCUUCGGCCGGAUCGGCGCGGGCGCGGCGUCCGACGCCGCGGAGCGCGCGUGGCGCGUCCCGCGCGCCGCGUUCUUGAGCGUGGGCGCGGGGACGAUGGCGGCGGCGUGCGCGGUCUUCGCGUCGUCCAGCGCGGGGGGGGGCGGCGACGGAGGAGGAGGAAGGACGGCGCGGUAUCUCGCCGCGCUCGGCGUCGGACUCGCGGAGGGGUGCGUCAUGGCGGCGUGGACCGCGAUCGCGCGGAGGGCGUUCGGCGCGAAUCGCUUCGGCGCGCUCAUCGCGAUGUAUAACAGCGCGAUCGCGAUCGGAAGCGCGAGUUUCAACGGCGUCGCGAGCGCGGCGACGGGGGGCGGCGGGGGCGGCGGCGGAGGCGUCGGCGCGUGGCGCGCCGUAUUCUGGGCAGCCGCCGUCGCGAGCGCGGGCGCCGUCUUCGUCGGCGCGGUCGCGACGAGAGAGAUGCGGAGACUCGCGGAGACGUCGUUCGAGUACGUCAGCGUGAAGUGA